CAUCUGCACUGGUCAGCAGUGCCCUGAUGAUCAGUGCCCAGCAGUGCCACCCAUCAGUGCCCAUCAGUGCCUCCCAUGAGUGCCCAGCAGUGCCGCCCAACAGUUGCACUCAUCAGUGCUGCCCAGCAGUGCCACCAGUCAGUGCCAUCAUCAGUGCCCAACAGUGCCGCCUAUCAGUGCAGCAGAAUCAGUGCCUCCUCAUCAAUGCCCACCAGUGUUGCCUCAUCAGUGCCACCUCAUCAGUGCAGCCUAUCAGUGCCCAUCAUUGAUGCCUAUCCAUGCCACCUCAUCAGUGCCCAUCAGUGCUGCCUAUCA